AAAGCAGCAGGCAGGCAGGCAGGCAGCGGCGCACAGCGCAGCCUGCUGGAGGUGGAGUCUGACGGUGGGGAGGGAGAGAAGAAAGGGGACAGACAGGAGGAAAACGGUGAAAGGCACACACAACAGGAGCGGGGGGAAGAACUGUGGAUGAUUUACGCUUUUAAAGUCGCACUACAGCUACCCGAAGAGUUGCGGCGAAGAGGAACAGAACAAAAUGAUAACGCCGUAUUUCCUAGAAAAUUUCUGGGGAGAAAAAAACAAUGGCUUUGAUGUGCUCUACCAUAACAUGAAGCAUGGGCAGAUUUCCUCCAAGGAGCUGACAGACUUCAUCAGAGAAAGGAGUACCAUUGAAGAGGCCUAUGCCCGGUCGAUGACCAAACUCGCCAAAUCAGCUGGUAACUUCUCUCAGCUUGGGACAUUUGCACCAAUGUGGGAUAUCUUUAAAACCUCAACGGAGAAGCUGGCCGGUUGUCACUUGGACCUAGUCAGGAAGCUACAAGAACUUAUAAAAGAUGUACAGAAGUAUGUGGAAGAACAGGCCAAAGCACAUAAGAAGACAAAAGAAGAAGUGGCACCGACCCUUGAAGCCGUCCAGAACAUCCAGUCUAUCUCUCAGGCUCUCCAGAAGUCCAAGGAGAACUACAAUGCCAAAACCGUGGAGCAGGAGCGCCUCCGCAAAGAGGGGGCCACCCAGAGAGAUGUGGACAAGGCUGGAGUGAAAGCCAAAAAAGCCACCGAGACCUACAAGUCGUACGUGGAGAAAUACGCUACAGCCAAGUCUGAGUUUGAACAGAAGAUGACAGAAUCUGCACAGAGAUUCCAGGACAUUGAGGAAAACCACCUUCUCCACAUGAAGGAGAUCAUCCGGUCAUACUCGCAGUCCGUGGAGGAAACGCACGUUCAGAUCGGAGAGGUGCACAAGGAGUUUGUGAGGAACAUCGAGAACACUUCAGAGGAGAGCCUAAUACAAAAACUGUCCGAGAGCAAAGGAACCGGCACGGAGAGGCCAGGACCCAUCGAAUUUGAGGAAUGCAACACAGCCAUCGCAACAGAAGGUGCCAAACCCAGAAAGAGGAAAACGUUCGGUAUUCCCGGCCGCAGGAAAGACAAGGACACAGACUCUACUGAGUCGACAGAAGUCGAACCUGCUAACACUGCCAACGGUGCUCCUCCGGGAUACUUUGGCUCCAUAGACAUCCAGAACGCUAAUGUUCCCCGGGUCGACGCCGAGGGCUUCUGCAUCAGACCGGAAGUGAACGAAAACGAUCCCAAAGACAAUUCCUUCUAUUCGUCCAGCGAUUCCGAGGACGAGGACGAGCCCAGGAAGUUCCACGUGCAGAUCAAGCCCGUUCAGCCCAACAACGGCACGCAUCAGAACCGAGCGAGCAUCGACGAGCUCAAAGCCUCCAUCGGAAACAUCAUCCUGUCGCCUUCGACCUCGGGACAGAUGCGGAGGAACCAGUCCAAUGAUGAACUGGUAAAACCCAGAGGGUCGACGCCAUUCGAUCAGAGUAACAACGACCUUCUGUCUCUGGACCCGCUGAGCUCCGCUUCGGGAGUUGGCUCCUCCUCCUCUGUCUCAUCCACAGCAGACCUUGCUUCUGUGUUCUUUCCAAUGCCUUCAUCUCCAUCUUUUCUGACGAAUGACUCUGAGGUCUUUCUGCCAGAGGCACCAGUUGACUCUGUGCCACAAAAGGGCCGCUCUACCCCAGUGGCAGAGCGCCAGCUGUCCAAAGAUGCCUCCUCUUUCUCCUCAUCCACCACCUCUCCCUGGGAUUCUCCCGAAAACGCUUCCCAAGGGCUGAAGCCCGCACCGGCGAGGGCCCAGAGCGCCCCCAUCACCCAGCUCACUGAGCCAAUCGACCCCAUCAAAAGCCCGACCGCCCCCAAGACCCCGAAGUCCGUCGAUAGCUUCUCCUCAAUGUCCUGGUCCCAGAGCCAGUGGAUUGCUUUCGGCGAUAGCGUUGCGCCGCCGUGCUGCCGUGGCUCAGGCCCCUCUGUAGCAGACGCCCAGAGGGGGCAGGCGGGCUCCGGCAGGCCGAGACGCUUUCUGUCGGACGACUCUGCAGACGGCUCGUGCCAAACAACAACAGCUGCGGCCGGCAGAGAGGACGGCAGCAUCUGUUUCACUGAUGUCUUCUCCGAUAGGACAGUAGCAGCAGCCGCAGCAAGCAAAAUACUUAAUGUGCCGGUGCCGAACAGACCUACCACCCCUCUGGCGCCCGGAGCCCUCGUCCCGCCGCCACGUCCUUCCUCUAGACCCAAACUUCCCACUGGAAAACUCACAGGAAUCAAUGAAAUUGUGCGGCCGUUCAGCCCACCCAAAGCAUCCGGCGCCAGCCCCCCUCCGACAGCGCCGCUCGCCCGGGCCGAGAGUUCUUCUUCUCUGUCCUCGAACGCCUCGCUCAGUGCCGGGAACACUCCCACCGUCGGAGCUGAACGCGCUUUUGCUCCCCCCCUUUCCUACUCGGGGUCAGACCUCAGCACCUUUUCUCCUCAUGUCCUUCUAAACCAAAAGGACGAUGAGUUUGUAGCCAAGCUGCCCGCCUCUGAGAAGCGCUGUGACACCCCAGCAGGGACGUCUCGCGGCCCGAGCCCAGUGACCCUGGCAUCCCAGGAUGCCUUGCCCAUUGCCGUGGCCUUCACGGAAACAGUUAAUGCCUACUUCAAAGGAGCCGAUCCUGCCAAGUGCAUUGUGAAGAUCACAGGAGACAUGACACUGUCGUUCCCCAUGGGCAUCAUCAAGGUGUUCACCACCAACCCCUCCCCGGCCGUCCUCACCUUCAGGCUGAAGAACACCAGCAGGCUGGAGCAGAUCCUGCCCAACCAGCAGCUCCUGUACAGCGACCCUUCCCGGAGCGACUCCAAUUCCAAGGACUUCUGGUUCAACAUGCAAGCCCUGAUGGCCCACCUGAGGAAAGCCUCCGAGCAGAAUCCCUCAGCUUCCUACUAUAACGUGGACAUCCUAAAAUACCAGGUGCUGUCAGACGGGAUCCAGUCGACUCCUCUGAACCUGGCCGUGUACUGGAAGUGUACGCCGAGCACCACGGACCUGCGGCUAGACUACCGCUACAACCCAGAGUCCAUGGACUCGCCCGGCCCGCUCACCAACGUCCAGGUCCUGGUGUCUGUUGACGGAGGCGUCACCAACAGGCAGACCCUACCCAACUGCAUAUGGAAUUCAGAGCAGAAUAAGUGCCUUUGGAGGCUGAGCGACAUCUCAGAGAAGUCCGAAGGUGAAGGCGCCGGCUCUGUGAGGGGCAAAUUUGAGCUGUCCAGUGGCCCUUCAAACCCCUCCACUUUGGCGGUGCAGUUCAUGAGCGAGGGCAGCACCCUGUCAGGAGUCGACAUGGAGCUGCAGGGGCCCGGAUACAGGCUUUCUCUCAACAAGAAGAGAUUUGCCACAGGUCGUUACAUGGCAGACUGCUGAGGCGAGCCGCACCUCUGCUUCCCGAUCGAGAGAGAGAGAUGAAAACGUCCUGAUUCACUGGAGCACUUCUGCCCACGGUUUCACGCAGCCAGCGAGAAUCUCACUACAAUAAAAACAGCACUGAGUAAUGAACACUGUUUUAAAAAAAAAAAAGAAAAAAAAAAAGAUGAAACUGAGAUGAGCUUUCAGAAAAUGUAGAUAGGAAGUCUAAUAAUGCCUUCGGAUCAAUUCAGUUUUGUACAGAGACGAUUUAUUGAUUAGCCAUAAAUUUAUAUUGUAUUUGAAACUUUGAAAGAAAAAAAAGCAGAAAAAAAAAAAAAGCAUGCACUAACAACUUUUCCCGAAGCCCUCUCGUGCUUCUUUCUAAGAGCCUAAAAGGAAUAUGAGACCAGUCUUUGUGUGUGGAUGAGGAGAAAAGCUCUCACCGAACUGUAAAUAAUAACUGGGCGCUCCCAAAUCUGCUGUCCUCCUCUGGUGUUUCUCCGUUUUUUAAAACAUGUGCAAUGGAGCAAUGAAGGUCGCCUCCGUCUUUAACAGGACUCUCACACUUGUGGCACAAGCUUAAUCUUUAAAAACGAACCGUUGUAGCGCUUUAAUUAAAUGCAAAAAAAAGAAGAAGAAGAAAUAAAGUCCACCCUCAGUGCCUGAUCUCGUGCUGUGAAACAGGAGGCGGAAAAAAAAAAAGUUGAAGUCUGCGUUUCCAGACCGGAGCUCUUUUUCAGCGGGGUUCUCAGAAUAGAUCCUGAGAACAUUUUUGAUAAACCCUCAAUUUCUGACGUUUGUUAAAACAUGAGCCUCCGCCUCAUCUGGACGGCACCGUGGCGCAAAAAAAAAAAAAACUAAGAUCGAAGCACAUUGAACCGAUGUCCACUCAGAGCCUCGAAUCAGAAAUGUGCCUGAAUCUCAUUGGUGUUUUUUUUUUUUUUUCUCUAUUUGUUUUGUUUCAUGAAAAAAAGCAGCGACGACGUGCCAGCUUGUGUUAUUUUACUCCUUAAUUUGGAUGCUGAAGGGAAAAUGUCGCCUCGUUUUAGGUCUCAGCCGUCUUCCAGACACGAGUACGUCUGCUUAGCCUUCUUUGCUUGAAAACAAGAAUCCAUCGACGACUUUACUUUGCUUUGUUCUCCUGUGUCAGAGCCCAUAGCGUCAUUAUGUUUCAGGUGAAAUGUUCAUUUCACCACGGGGCUCAAACGAUGGUUGAAAUGCCUUACUACGACUCCUCAGCACUAAGCGGCCUCGUGCCGCUGACUCCGGGUAAAUACUGUGACACCGCGCUGCCAUCACCCCGCGUCAGACUGCCUGCCUACCAGCAGGCUCAGGAAGAAAAGAGAAAGUAGCCAUGUGUGAUUCUUGGUGCUCUAUUGAAACCUUUUUUUUCCCCAGCUCUGGCUUCAGGGGCUUGUUUUAUUAUUUCCUGGUGGAGGAUUUCUAGGUAGCGGCAGAACCUUUUAUCUGGUCGAGAUCAUCCGUGCGAUUGUUCUCAGAUUGGGUAGCUUAGUCGUUUAAAGUGGGCAUACACUGUGCGUCUUGCAGCUGAUUGACCUCUUAGAUACGAGGAAUAAUCCAGAAUUUUUUGAAUUUUAUAUCAAGAUCCGUAGCUUGUUGCAGUCCUGCGCAUGUUUACCCGUGAUUUAUUAGCAUUAAAUUCACUAAGUGUCUCUAUUUUAAAAGCAGUUGUCGGUCGGAUUACGGACACCCGUCUUGGGUCGUUUUUUUUUUUGGUUUUUUUAACAGAACAGAAACCUUUACCAUUAACUCAAGUGCUGACACUAAUCUUGUAUGUAAAUGUGCAUUUCCAUUGUGUUGGUACAGUGUAAAUUUUUGCUUUGUACUCUGAAUUUAAAAAAAGAAAAGAAUCCAAAAGAAAUCAACUUCAGGCUUUUAGCUUGUUUGUUUAAAUAAAGUCCACUAUGUCCCCCCCAAUCAAGACAAGCACAUUUUUAUAAAUGAGACCACCGUUUUGAAACGAUUAAGGAAUAAGCAAGCUGGUUCUUGCUGUCCCCACGAACCUAGAACAGUGCAUUUUAUAAGCGUCCCCUUUCAGGCCCCGCCCACUUCCUUCUCUUUGCUUUGGUGUCAGAGGUUAAAGAGCAACAUUGUGUGAUUGUCACAUUUCUAUCAAUAUCUGUCUGUUUUCUGAUAUGAUUUCCAAUUGUACCUGUAUUAAAUGUGUAAUAUAUGAAUAUAUACAAAUAUAUGAAAAUGACGACUUUAAA